AUGCCGGAGGCUUCGGGAAUCAAGCGACCGAGAAACCAAAGUGACGAGACCGAGACGGGCAAACGACGUGCGCCUUAUGCCCUGCGCGCUUGCGAUACCUGUCGACGGCGCAAGGUCAAGUGUGAUGGAAGUCAGCCUUGCGCCGCCUGCACCGGCCGUCACGACGCGUGCUGCUAUUCCGGAGACUUGGGUUUAUUCAUGCCCACGCCCGCCGCCCAUGUCCAGUCCCGUCAGGCCGACGCGGCGGCAUCAACGAACCCAGAACACGCCUCCAUCGUCGAGAUCAUGUCGAGCUUCCAGAGCCAAUUGGACGACCUGGCGUCCCGUCUGCAAUCCGCAAGCCAAGGCCGGACAAGCCAGCCAGCGGCGGCCGACGCCAGAAGGAGGGAGAACGGCCAUGCCGGCGUCUCGACGGCAUCCGCGAGCCAUGCUGUGCCCAGUUCCACUGCCCACGUACCGCCAGUCGCGACCCAGGGCUUUUACGGCCCAACCAGCCCAGACUACAGUCUGAACGUGGCCCAGAUGAAAUUGCGGCAGACGACCCUCCUCACAACGGAGCCGCAUGGGCAGCAGCUUCAGCUUGCCAGCAUCGACAAUGAUGUGGCGUCCCAUCGCGAACAUGGCGCCGACAAUGCAGGCAUGGGCGGCCGAGAACUAGGGGACCAAUUUCGGCUGUUGCAGUUCCGCUCUCUGUUUGACUCGCAGGAAGCCAUGCGACUCCUCUCGGUGUAUCAAGAGGUGAUUGGAGAGUUCCACCCCGUCAUCGACAUCAAUGGACUCAUGGCUCAGGCCCAGCGCUGGUAUGCGGAAGACAACUCGCCCUGGAGUCUCUCCCCGGAAGGAGGAGGGACCUCGGUGGACCAAGACCUUGUCAUCCUCAACCUCGCUUUGGCCAUUGCGCUUCGUGCAGAGUCUACCUCGUCCGUCUCCGAGGUUGAACGGUACAUCACCGAGAAUUGCCAAGGUGCAGCCAACGCAAGGAUAACAGCGCCCGUCUCCAGCGUAAAGCAGGUCACUAUUGCACUACUCAGCGGCUGGCACUACUUGUUCCACGACGCGCCCCGAUCAGCUUGGCGCAUGUGCGGCAUCGCCGGGCACAUGUUGAUGGAGCUUGGAUAUCACAACGGCCACGUUUUGAAGCAAGUGCUGGAUAAUGAAACGCAGACCGCCGAGGUGUACAGCAUCAUAUGCAGCGUCAUUAUCCUCGAUCGCCAAUGGAGCGCGUCGACGGGGCUGCCAACGCAUUUUAAAACAUCUAGUUUCGACCCCUUGCCCAAGGACUUGGUCAAGAACCCGUAUCUGAAAGCCAUGCUGGCCUUCAUCAUAAUUAGCGACAAGUUUGGCGAGCCCAUCUUCAAAGCCGCCAAAGGAGAAAGUUACCUGGACGAAGACGCGUUCGAGGUGAUGAAUAUCCAAAUCGACCAGUGGAGAAAAAAGGCUGUAGGUGACGUCUCUCUAGCCCAGCUGGGCUCGUCGUUGGCGAACCCGUCCAUGAGGCCGCCUUCGUGGGUCAUUCUCCUCAAUCUGCGUGCCGAGUCUGCCCGGAGCCUGCUUCUCAAACCGUGCUUCUUUUUGAAUACAGACAUUGAGGAUGGCAAGAAAUACCUCCCCCCUGCCAUAGAGCUAGUAUAUAACAUGGUGAAUACUCUAUACCUGUUAGACAGCUCUACUAACAUUUACCGCACGCAACAUCCAUUCUAUCAGCACCUGCUGGCAUCUGCUUGCGCCCUUGCCUUUCUCGUCGUGGCCUUCAUCGAGCAAAACAAGACUCUACUGCUGGCGACGUUACCGGCCAAUCUAACCGACUGGCUUAGUCGCAGCCUCCAGAUGGCUGUGGCGCUGGCGACAAACUAUGCUCAUAUAUCGCGCGCCUCGGGUAGACUUCUUCAAAGACUCUCCGAGAUGCGCGGCAUUCUUGUCAAUUUGGGUUUGCUAAAGGGACAAGAUGGCCAGGACAAGGUAUUCCCCAACGGUAAUAAGGAUGGGCCGUCUGCCGCGAAUACCUCCAAGAUGUCCCAGAGGAAGAGAAUAUCUACAUCUGCCUUGCCGGACCAGUUCAGCCCGUCGUUUGCUAAUUUCCCCGUGGCAGCAGCUUAUGGGGCCGGAUUGGGUUCCGUUCCCGGCACAGACAUGCCGUCCGGAUGGGCGGAGUCGAUCUGGGCACAUUGGCCAUUUUGCGACGAUGACAACUUGUUCUUGGAAAACCAAACGUGA